UACAGUAUAGCAACGUUGGCCUGCCAUAUAAAAUGGCGGGAAAAUGUAUUCAUAAUUUUGUAGUUUGGGUGCGUUAUGAGUCACGUAGUAACAUUUAUGUGCAAAGAACAGAACGAGUAGGAUUAAAGUUUAAACUAAAGUUUGGAGUGGCUAUCAUUUUACAGGAUGGAAACUACAGAUACUGAAGGGAUAGUACAUGAAUUAGAGGUAACAAAUGGGAAAAUAAGUGAUAUUGAUCCUAUUGCGAGUGGCCCAGAGUUAAAUUGCACAGCAGAACAUUCAAGCAGCAAUUCAGAUGAAUCAGAAAACAAUUUAGACAGGAAUGGUUCAACUGGUAAGGUAGAUAAACUGGAGAAAUAUCUUGAAGACAUAUAUGAGAAAUAUUGUAAAUUUUCUACCGAUGAGGCAGAAAUCGAAUUUAUUCGAAAAGGUGUUGAAAGUUUGACUCUUGAGUAUUUACAGAAAACAUACCGACAUUCGCCAUGCGAGGACAUCUCUUGCAAAAUCAACCACUUUAGUGAAAUAGAACUAGUGAAGGUUGGAAGUUUCUAUGAAGGGACAAGAAAUGGAUAUCCAAAUGAGUUCGACUUUAUGGCAGUGUUAGGAACGGUCGAUGAAGUGCCAGACAUAGAUUCAGAUUCACAUCUGCGUACGGGAACGUGUAUGCAGUUUGAUAUAUACCAGUCUGGUGAAUUUCCUGAUGCUUCUAUAGAAUAUUGUUUCACCAGUGGCUCUAGGGCUCACGGGAUUGCCGAAAGAUUGGAAUAUUUGUACAAAAAGGGCAGUGAAGAAAUAACAAUUGAUGUUGACGUUGUUGUUGCUUUGCGAUGUUAUAAUACGGAAAAAUAUUAUACAGGGAACGGUAUUUUCAACCAAGAAUUUUACAAGGAGAUACUGAAAACAAAAGGUUUCCUCUUCAUUUAUACGGGAUCAUCCGUUUCAUCUAAUGACAAGUCUUCAAACGUUAGUGUUAUACCGGCAGAUCAUGUCUCUUGCCAUGGUCCUUGGGAUAAAUCAAUCACGGAAACUGAAAAACGCUUUGUACGGGAUGUUCUUACCAAACAACAAAAAAAAGUAUAUCAACUUUUGAAAUACAUCAUCAACGGACCUUUUGGUGAGGACUUGUUUAAACAUUUUGACGAUGUGCAACACUUCCAGUCUCCAUUAUCUCCUCUCCUCGGGACUGGUUUCUGCAUCUCCUCUUAUGCUAUAAAAGUUGCAGUUAUUCACCAUCAUUAUAGAUGUGACAAUAGUUUGGACAAAAUGGGUGACUGUGUCUUACAACUGCUGAAAUACUUUUUAUUAGCGUAUGGACAAGGUGAAAAAGUUAUUUACAUGCACUCUUUGCUUUAUCUGAACCAGAUUGGAUCGUGCAUGGGACGGGGAAAUUAUGAGUUUCUUGGAAACUUCUACUGGUGCUUAAGGGCAUUUAUAUGUCGGUUAGCAUCAUUGAGAACCGCUGAUGGAUUGGAAAAAUGUGCACAUGAUCUUGAAAACUCCUUUAUGGAAAUGGCUCUUCGUCUUGACAUAUUUCCUGAUAUUCUGCAAUAUUUGUCAUCAUGUAGGCCGAAAUUUGGUAGACUGGUCGAAAAACUUAAACAUUACAAUGAGAAACGAAAUGUUGUUCCCGACUGCCCGUGGUGUGAUUAUCCAAUAUUUAUAAUGGCACACAAAAGAAAAGUUUGAAAGUUUGAUACCUGUGUUGUAAAGGGGAAUACGUCAGUAUAUCCUUCGCUGGCGUGAAAGUUUAUACAUCAGCCUACCUUUGCCGGCAGUUCAAAGGGAAAUGACUGUUACUUGUGAUGUGUACAUGAUUUAUUGUGCUAUUGCGUUGUAAGUGGGAAUACGUCAGCAUAUCCUACAAUACACCAACUAACCUUUGUCGGCAGUUCAAACGGAAAAUAACUGUUACAGGUAGAUGUGUAAUGUGUACAUUAUUUAUUUCGUAAAAGAUACAGAUGCAAGUAGAGAAGAUUAAAAUGAAAAAAUGCUCUAAAUAUAAUUGUCAGUGUCACAGUUUAAAAGAUUGAUUUAGUGACAGAAAUUUGCUGACUACUUAAUUUGCGUUUUAGUGCUAAUUAGUUUGUUUUAAACUUAAUUUAACGUUGAUAUUUAAUGUGUUGAAUGAGCAUAAGCUAUUUAAAAUGAUAUUUAUAAAUUGAAUUGUUUUACUUGAAUGGCAGUACAUGGUGUAUCAUCAUAUGAUUACCUUAAAGAUCUAGACCCACCACAACCUAGUGACCUAUUUUUACCUCCCACAUGAUUUUCGUGAAAAUCAUUCCGAUAAUACUGGACCAGAUAUAAUACAGCUAAUUUCUAGUUUUUGUGGAAAAUGUUUGGCCGAGAAGUCGAAAUUUGUGAGACAAUUGUCGUGUUAAAAACACGUCAAGAUUUCGACUUUUCUCUGAAAUUUAUAGCGCAACAAGUCGAAAUUAAAUGCUUAAUUAGAAGUUGUCGCGUAUUUGUCUGGCCAAAAAAGUCGAUGGCGGAAACGAGAUACCGUAUGUAUGCCCAUUGAAACCAUAUAAACAGAAACAAAAUCUUUGAAAACUGUAACAUUAACUGGAAGUGUAUAUAUACACUGCCGCUUAAAACUACUAUUGAUACAACACUUCGAAGCUUUCAGUAUAUAUUCUUAAUGCGUUUGUUACCAACAAUUCUAAUAUGCUUUUCCCUGUUAAAACACUCUACAAUGACGUCACGUUAAUGUGCAGUGACGUCAAUGUUUUUGUUGCGACCAAGGAAGAGCGCUGCUAUAUUUCAUCUACUGUUUUCGAUUAAGGGCAUAUUGAAUUGAAAUAAUUUAUAGCAAAAUCGUGUUUUAACACUAUUUAUACACUCGGGCGGUAAUACGUCGCACAAAUAAUUUCACUCGGGCUGCGCCGUCGUGAAAUUAUUACGCCCGACGUAUAACCGCCCAUCGUGCAUAAAUAGUGUUAAAACAUUUCUUAAACAAAUAUUUUUAUACAUGUAAAUUCGUUUCUAGUAAUCUCUGUGAUUUUCGCAAUAUGAACAUUGAAACAAAUUAGCUUUUGUAUUAGGUGUGCCAACACGUGCAGGCUUCAUGUAAUAAACUUAUUAAUGUCCUCUAGACCAGAAAUAUCCCUUACACGGAAAUUUUGAAGAUGUCUACUUCAGUUGUACAGUAAAUAGAAAAAUGAAAAGCUCAAUAAAUUUUGUUCUUAUAGUAUGCAAUUAUUUUUUUCAUUUUUAGAAAAAGAUAUUGGAAAUUUCAAAAUUUCAAACAGUUUCUUGAUUAUCUAUAUUUGCCUAUAUUCCUGGAAAUAGCUUUAAUAAAAGACAGAGUAGACAAACAUGAUUCCAAAUUGUCUCUUUGAGCUGUAAUGUAGCCAUUCCUAAACUUCCUCACUUUAGAGAUUUAUCGAAUACAGUUAAAAAAAAUGGAGACGAUCCUCCUUUUCCCCCCUUUCUUUUUCAUCAAUAAACAUCACAUAA